UUUUCCGACUUCACCAGAAGAGAAUAUUUUAAAACAAAUCCCUGAAAUAGGAAAGUGUAGAAUCCAAAAGGACUCGCGUAACAUCCUUUUUCGAAAUUUUCGAAGCACGUUUCUUGUAAAGUGUGUGCUGUGAUUUCGCUUAUUGUAUCCCUCGUGCGCCUGUGUUGGUGGUAAAGCAUACUAUUGUGUACGUGUGUGGAAAAUUUUUUCGCACAAUACGAAAAAACCAGUAGCCCCCAUUCAGUUGAGCUGUGAAUUUUCCGGUACGCGGAUCCCCCAGUGUCGUGUCUGGAUGCGCCGUGCAACCUGAAAAGGGAAAAGUGAAAUGUUGCAGAGUAUCUGAGAAAGAUUUACAGAAGAAUUGCAUAAUUUGAAUCUUGUUGACGAGGAUUUGCCUGUUUUAUUGUAGUGAAGUGAAAAUUCAUAGAGGAAAAUAGAAAGUUUCGUAGGCGAAUAGUGUACGUGGAAAAUUUCUGUGAAAAAUGUGCUUCUGAGCUUUUCAGUAUUCAGUGCGUAUGAAUCGCUCGGAGCUACUUGUAUCUGAAGGCGGUGCUAUCGUGAUUAUAUAGAUACAACUAACAUUUUUGUUUUAGUUAAGAGAACUUAUAUUGUUAUUCCUGUAGUCUCAGAAGUGUUAGUAGAAAAUUUACAAAGAACUUAGCUGUGAAAAGUGCGAAGACAGUGGACUUUGGAAUGUAUUGAAUAAAGAAAACGAAUGACUGAUUUGGAUACAAUAUGCCGAAGAUAAUGUCCAGUUGCUUAAAAAGUGAUGUUUGCUGAAAAUCUAAAAAUAAAUCGGUGAUAUGGGGGAUAGCAUACCGCCCCACUAUUGUCUUCAACCACCCACUCCAUCUACGCCGCCGUCAUUGUUGUCAACGCCUCCUCCUUCGCCCUCCCAUCCGCCUCGUAACCAGCACUCACCCCCGCUACCAACAAGGACCCAGACCACACGACACCAAGGACGUUCUAAUUGUUCGGCGUGUCGUUGCCGCCGAUUAUUCCAUCCGACUUCAUCAUUAUGCUUUCUACUCAUCAUUAUUUUGCUUUCGGUAUUCAUCGAAAUUACAACAACAACCGAAUCGUCUAGUGGACAACAGCAGCAGCAGCAGGAUAAGGAUAGGCAAAAACAUCAAUUAGAUUCGUCCAAACUUCAUCUCACAACCAUUUCAUCAGUCACAACGUCGUCGAGCGGUCCUGUUUCCACUACAACCCCAGCACCAUGCGAAGCUCGAGUUUUAGAGGAAAUACCACCCGAUCCGUUUUACGACGUAACCGACAUCACCGUAGAUGCUGCCAAAAAAUUUGCUGAAUACCUAGCGUCAAAAUCAACAACGGAUUUAGUGGAAAUCCGGAAAAGAGCCAAUUCAAUUGCCAACAAUGCCCUCCAAGAAGAUGAGAAUCUGCUGGCCUUUGCUAUUGCGGCCCCAAUUAUUCCAAUUGCUGUUGUUCAAUUUCGUGAAAAUGUUAAUAUACCACCACACGAUUCACAUAAUAAAACCUUCUUAAGUACCUAUUGGCGAGAAUUGGGAAUCGCCUGGAAUCAUUCAGACGGCACACAACUUUGGGGAGCUCCCUUUCGAGAUUGUGGACCACUUCAGGGAAGAUGGUUAUGGCCAUUUAGUGUAUCAGUUGUUGAAUAUGGUUAUAAAAUUGUUGCAUCGUCGUUUAUAGCAGCAGAUGUUGACCAAUGUAAUGAUGCCUUAGAAGAGAUAUUCGGAAGGAAGCACAGCUGCGACCGCGAAACGACAUUCUGUUUGCUUACGGAAUCGGAGGCGACGUCGCCACGCGGAAGCUAUACAUGCAUCUGCAAGGAAGCGUACUAUGUGCCGAACCAAACGCUUCAGGGGUUCCUCGGCGAAAAGGUAGAAAGUGCCGAUGAUAGCGAGAACUUCACAUGCAUUCCAUGUCCUGGAGGAUGCUCGAACUGUGAUCAAAACGGGGAGUGUUUGUUCGGGGAUGAGCAGGAUAUCGUCUCGAUGGAGACACUUUUGCGAGCUUCAAUAGGAUCCAUUCUGGGCGCGUGUAUGCUGUGCUGCCUGGUUCUAGCAGCAAUCGUUUUCCGACAGAGGAAAUGCAAGACUAUUGCAACGGGGAUGUGGACUGUGCUGGAAACUAUUCUGCUGGGAGUUCUGCUGCUCUAUGCUUCGGUGGCUGUUCAUUUCUUCCAGGCUUCGACGGUGCGGUGCCUGCUGGAACCGUGGUUCCGUGAAUUAGGUUUUGUGACGUGUUAUGGUGCCAUCAUUUUGAAACUUUACCGUCAUUUGGUUGAAUUUCGUACAAGGAAAGCCCAUCGAUGGGUCCUGCGAGAUGUCGAUCUUCUUAAAUAUCUAGGAACAAUGGUAUUUGCCGUAAUUUGUUAUAUGGCCGCGUUUACGGCGUCAUCGAUGGAUCUUAUUGAGACAUCGUAUAUGGAAGGAUUGCAAGAAAUUAGUACGAAUACGUGUCAUCCCUUGAAAUGGGAGUACGUGACACAAGUUAGUGAAAUAAUAAUUUUAUGUUUCGGUCUUAAUCUGGCUGUAGCUAGUCGUAAUGCAAAUACACAGUUUAGGGAACGACAAUUCCUAGUUGCAUCAUUACUCAUAGAAUUCCUAGUGUCAACCAAUUUUUAUAUCCUGCGGGCGAUUUACCUUCCCGAACUAAGUCCAGGCGAGAUAUUUUUAGCAUUAUUUUUACGAUCGCAACUGACGAAUACAAUCACCGUGGGAUUAAUAUUUUUGCCGAAGCUGUGGUAUCAACAUAAACAGGUCCGUUCUCUUGCCCAUGAUCUAUCAUUACGUUUACCUGUGGAUGCUUUCAAGGGUUCUCAUGAUGCCGGUCAUCACUUGGGUGGAGGUUAUGCGGGCCUAUGUCUAGGCGACCCGGAUAUCGGUGAAUUGACGAUAUCCGAAAUGAGUCCUGAAGAUAUUCGAGCCGAACUCAAAAGACUGUACACACAACUUGAAGUUCUUAAGAAUAAGACUUUACGACAAGAUAAUCCCCAUAUUAGUAAAAGGCGUGGAGGAAGGAAAGCAGCUCAUCGGAGAUUUUCAUUACAGAAGAAAGGAAGCAAAGAUAAGGCAUUAAGUGCUAAACAUCGUAGUAACAAACAUCAUGACAUUGAAGUAACUGAAGCCGAACCAUCAAGAACACCCGAAGAUUCCGUCUGUAGUGCCGAAGGACCAACCGAUACUUACGCUGAAAUAUCUGGAAUCUCUCAUUCGGUGGUAUCACAUUCAAAAUAGUAUCGCUGAAAAAAUUGGAAGCGAGAAAUCGAAGAAAAUCCUGAAUCGCCGCAAAACAAGAAAAGAAGAACAACAUGCACCAUGGGUGCAUGGUACAGCAAAACGUACGCAACAAAGAAACAAGUAAACUUCCAACUAUAACAUUUUCGCAUAAUUUGUUUUGAUGCAAACAUCUCAUCCUUAGAUAAUACUCUAUUUGUUUAUAUAUUGAAGAAAUUGGAAUGUUUAUAUCUAAAAUUCAAGAACAAAGUACUACACUUACUAACUAUUAAAUUAAUGAUGAAUGUAAUUAUUAAUCGUAUAUUAUUUAUUUUUCCAUGUUUAAGUACUAUCUACUAUUAGCUACUACUAUUAUUAUUAUAAACGAAAAUUUAUGAAGAGUAAUCUUACUAAACAGUCACGCAGAAUGGCAGAGAAAAUGCGGGUUAUUACCAAAUGUAUGUAUUGUACUAUGAAGUGUUAAUUUACCAAAAAUUUGGAAUUGGCUUCCAUCGGAGAUAGUGUGGUUACGUUAUGAGCCAAAAUCUUGUCUACUUUCAUAUUAGUUCAAGAUUCCCGGAUAAAAAAUCAUUACAUAAGCAGUAAAUAUAAUCCAUCAGAUCCCUUCGGGAAUGUGUGAAGUUUGGAUCACCCGUCUCUUCUUCUUUUCUUAUUAUACUUUUCUUCUUAUUUUCUAUUAUAUUUCAUUUCUUACUAAAACUACGCCUCACUGAUGGAGACUCGCAAGGCUAAUGUUCAACCACCUUGUCCACAAUAAUAAUAAUAGUAUCAAAGGAAAUUGAACCGCGUCCUAGAAGAGCUAUUGUGCCAAUUUAAUAGUUAUAAUAUAUCUAACAACUAUAGUAAGUCACUCAAUCCUAUAACCAAUAGGAAUUCUGAAGUGUCUUCUACUUCAAGAUGAUCCAACCUGAUAUUAAGUAUCAUUAUUAUUCUGUUAAGGGAAAGUCGCCCCGCGUCCUUAAAGAACUAUUGUGCCCCUUUUACUGGUUAUAGUGUACCUAUUAAUUAUAGUAUCUCAAGCAAGCCUAUAA